GCACACACCGCACCCGCGCUGCCAACUGCUCUUGGUCCGACGACGCUAUAUCGGCAUCCUCCCGUCACCGACUCGCUGAUCCACAUCGCCGAUCGCGAGACGUCUCGGAACGGUCAAGUCGAGCUCCACAGCUGCACCUGUCCACCACAACACACCGCCAGCACAUUUCUGCCCGUUUGUCGCUUAGUUCUUUGUCGCGUAGCACGCUUCUAUCACCGUCUUAAAUUUCAAGGCCCAAAUUCGCCCUGCAGCUUCAACUUCUCGCCGCAACUCCAGGGACCCUAUCCCAAAGACCCUUAGUCUAACAGUCUUGUCCGUCCCGCCCGACUGCCCAGCCAACUCGCGCUCUGACUCCGCCAAACCCCCCCUGCCUCGCAGCUGCAACAUGGCCACCAUCACUCCCAAGCCCAUGUCCAACAUUGCCAUGGCAUUUGGGCGUCAGGACGGUGGACAUGCUACCUCUACGGGCACCCUUCCCACGCCCCCGAGCUCCAUCUCGCCCACGCUCCCGGCACACAAGCGACGCCCCAUGCCCGUGGCUGGCCGCGUGCAGACGCCAGAGGACGAGUCUCUGGAUAUAGACCUCCAGGAUGCGGUGGAGCAUGCAGCGGCGCAGGAUCAGCCCUCGGCUCUCUCCAAGGAGGCGUUGGCGGGCCUGGAUGCGACGCGUCAAAUCACGGCCUUGAUGCUGGCCAAGCACCACCUGCCCGACAUUCUCGUCGGCCACGGUGCCAUGCCCAUUCGUGAGAUGAUGGCACACCUGACCCAGGCGGUCCCGGGCUUCUCGGGCUUGCCUCCCGCCAAGGCACGCAGGCUGGUCGUUGCUGCGCUGGAACACCGGGCGGGAGGCGGCCUCCACGGGCAGGUCAAGUUUGAAAAGGUCGGCUGGGGGCGCUGGAGCGUAGCAGGCUCAGGCGCGCAGGCUCAGGGAAUGCCGAUUGGCGGCAAGCGCUCUGGAAACGGGCAGACGCCGCCGGACAGCAUCGACAGCACAGGAGGCAGCCUGCAAAUACCCAAGCUGCGACAGGACCGUGACGUGUACGCCGGCAGCUGGAAUGCCGGCUCAUGGUCGCCCCACCGCCAGGACGACGACGAGGACAUGGCCGACCAGAUGUCGCUGGACGACUCAGACGGCAGUUCCGACUCGGAUUCGGCCUCGGACAUGGAGCUGGAGGAAGAGCUCAAUGACGAUACGGAUCAAGAAGACUGGGCGACCAUGGGCCCUGAAGCUCUUCGCGAGACCCGCUGCGGUCCGCGCCGAGAACACCGUGACUACAACUAUCUAAGCCGAACUCAGACGAGCAACCCGCGCUACCGGAAUAUAUCCGCCCAGGCCCACUCGCUGCCUCAGCAUCAUCAUGCCCAUCAUGUUCAUCAUCCCCACGCGCGCACUGCCACGUCCUCGUUUCAACAUUUCCUUGCUGUUCCCCAUGCAUCCCGCGGUAAUCACGUCGUGAACGCGGGCACUUCUCCCACCACCACUGUUUUCCAUGCCUCCACGACGCCUGUUGCCGGCUCCGGCGCUGAGCGCGACGCCAUCGAAGCCCUCAUUGCAAUGGGCUCCAUGUAGUAGUGGGCCCGUUUAUAUAUAUAUUCUUGCACCACGCCAUGCACUACUAUUUACC